CCCCCAGCCUGUCUUCUUUCCGGCCUUCUGUCACGCUAUUCGUAUUUCCAGCACUUUGUACCUCGUGGUACCAACACCUGACUGCUCGUACAAUACUCCUACAACACUCCUAGUGCACUCCGUCCGUACAAGUAGCAGGCGCCGUCUCCUGCCUCUCCUGGUCCAGCCGUCCAGUCAUAAUUCGUGCUAGACUAGCCGGUUGCAACCUCUUGCCCACACACCGGUCGCCAUUUCCCCUGGCCUUGUCGCGCCUUACACCCGCCUCGCCCUGCCUUGCCGUGCCUCGCCCUGUCCUGACUGGAACCAGAACCCCCUUUGCCCUAUUAGACUGCAUCGCCGUCCGGCCUGCACCACACCUCACCUCACCCCUUCAAACGCCAUAUUACGAGCCCAUCGCAGGCAACGCCCAUACCGCACAUAACACCACCCUUCUUUUUCUUUCUUUCCCCGCAACGCUCCUGAUUGCUUUUACCUAAGAUCCUCCUCCCUUUGACUAAUGGAAAUAUUCACCUGGUCAUCAACACUCACGUGAAACCACCCACCGACUUCCUCUCCCUAUUACUGCGGUACUGCCCCGGAGCCCCCCAGAGGCCCAGAGGGUGGCUCCUACUCCGUACUUAUCCUACUUGCUCCGUACCACAUUCCAGACCCAAGGACUUUUUUGUCCCGAGAGUUCCACCAUGGCCGUGCCAACAGCUGCGACCGCGGCACCAGCCAAGGUCAAUGACCGAUCCACCUCGUACAAAAUCUCUCCUCCUCCUGGCAGCCCCAAGCCCUCCUCGCCCAACCUUGCAAACUCUCGCACCUCUUUCUCGUCCAUAAGGGAGGACGACACCGACCUGGCCCAGACCUUCACCUCCUCCAAGGUAUCUUGCUACACCCUGCAGCAGGAGCAAGCAGUCAGCGACGACGAUUCCCCCGGUACUAUGGUUUCCCAGGCUCAGUUCUUCGCACCCCUCACUCAGCCUGGCAGUCGCCUGCACGGCAAUUGGGUCCCUGCCGACGAUUUCAAGGGAUGGAAGCAGAUCAACGUUCGGGGGAGGCUGGCCAGCCGGAGCUUUGGCGACCUCACAUCGCUGACCCUCGCCUGGGAGCCUAGGCCCGCUCCUGUCAAGCGGAGGCCGUCCAAGGUCUCGGGCGAGUCUGUCCUCGAGAGUCUUCCUCUGGAGCUCCUCAGCUCCAUCAUCAACCUGCUGCUCCUGGACGUCCCGCCCAACGGCAUCACAAAGCGGAACAUGGACCUCAUGUCCCUCCUGCUCACCUCUAAGAAGCUCCACGGUGCCACCCUGCUCACCCUCUACCGCCAGAUCACCAUACCGCACUCGAGGAUCUUCUCGAAAUUCCUCGCCCAUGUCACCCAGCAUCCAUCGCUCGGCACUCUGGUGCGGCGGUUUGAUUUCUGCCACUUUAACCCCACCACCCUGUUCAUGACGGCCAGCGAGCGGUCCCAGGCCCGUAACCUGACCUCUGACACCCUUUCCCAGGCGCUGGAGCUCACGCCCCACCUGCACGAGUUCCUGGCCCAGGAGCACAUCGACGACGAGCUGGAUGCGAGGGUCCUGCAGAAGCUGUUCUUCGGGCUGGAAAGAAUUCAGGCCCUCGACUUCUGUGGUUGCUCCUGCCCGUCCUUCCGUGACGCCUUCACCGCCACCAUCUGCUCGGCCGAGUGGAAGGAACCGGUCGGGCUCAAGAGGCUGUCCCUGCACAAGUGUACGACGCUUCCGGUGGCAGUCUUUGAGAAACUGCUGCCAAACCUCCCCCUGCUCACCCACCUCGACAUCGCGGGCACCCAGGUCACAGAUGCGGCCCUGGCGUCCCUCCCCAGCUCUGCGCACAUCACUCACCUCAAUCUGGCCAAGUGUAACAAGCUUUCGGCCGAUGCCAUCAUCAACUUCAUCUCCACACACCCCGCUGUUACCCAGUCGCUCGUCUGGCUGUCACUGGCGACGGACGCGAGGGUCCACGAGACAUUUGACGCUGACGCCGUCACGAGGCUCUUGCCUGUCCUGCCCGCGACCCUCAGGUCGCUCUCGCUCAAGGGCAGCAGCAUGAACCAGUCCCACAUUGCGCUACUGCGACCGCUGACCAAGCACCUGGAGGAGCUGGCCCUGGGCCGAGGCCUGGGCGUGAGCGACACCAACGGCCUCUUUGUUCCGGACCUUGACGAGCAGGCGGGAGAGGAUACCGACGCCGACGGCGACCGUCUGAUGGCGACCAUCGACGAUUGGGAGCCCCACACGCUGCGCUACCUCGACCUGUCCGACAUGUGGAGCGGCGACUUUGACCUGCAGACGCUCUACAACACCUCCGGCUGCGCGCUGCUGACGGGCCAGACGGGCCCGCUCGAGGUCAUCGAGGUUCCCGAGGACGUCGCCCGCCGGCUGGCCAAGGGUCACGCCCCGCUGACCCGCCUGGGCUGGCGCGUCAGCGAGCUCGGCAGCCGCACGUGGGUCGUCCGGGCCCAGGACCAGGCACAGCCACACGAUAACGGCAGCAGGGGCUGGAAGAUGGGCGCCGAGAACUGGGGUAUGCGCAAGAUCCCCGUGGCCAGGGCCGAGGUCGGCGGCAUGUACGGGAGCUUCAUGUUCGCGAGGAAGCUGUAAGAUUAUUGGGCGACCGUUUUCCCGCCAAGUUUUUCUUUUUUUUUCCUUUUCUUUCAAGGUCAGGCAGGUCCCUCGGGAUAAUUCUUUGCAUCAUCUUCGAUUUUCUACAUGGUGGCCUGGUCCUUGUCGGGAGUUACCAAAAAAGGAAAGGGAUUCACGAUCAUCACGAGGAUUGUUCUUGGCAAAGCGAGCAUUAUACAUCUUCCCUUUGGGUUUAUUCAUUGGGUUUCGGAGUCUAGCCGGGGUCGUCUUCUUUCUGCAAAUUUUCUUAUGGGGGUUUAAACAAAGAUAGCACUGGGGGAUGGACAAGAUACCCAAGGAAUUGCAUUGAGGCGAGCGAGCAAGAAAUUUCGUCUUGAGUUCUUAUUUGGACUGUCUGGUCAUUCCCAUCAUACCAUACCCUUGAGAUACCAAAAAAAAGCAUCCCGCCGUUCUGCCACUUCCGCCAGCACCACUAAAUAGCGAUCUAGUUUAUGCUAAACUGUACAUAAUGUUAGGCUGAAAUUGAAACCUGUCUUCGCCAUUA